AUGGAAGAUAUAUAUUACUAUAUGCCAACGAAUCAACCUUCUCAACCGGCACCUCCAAAAUUGCAGCCUCCAUCAUAUAUUAAUACUCAUCAAUUACCAUUACAACAACAACAACAUUUACAAUUACAACCUCAACAUCAAAUGUUAACGUAUUACUCUCCAACUUCAAAUAUUAUAAUUCCUCAACAACAGGAUAUGAUAUCACAAUUGAGAAAUUCUCAAUCGCAUCCACAAUUAUAUUCCUACCCUCAAUUAAUCUACAGUAAUCAAUUGAUGAACCCAAGAUAUACUAAUACAAAUACUACUACACUAUAUAAUCCAAUGAUUUCUCAAUCAAUGGUACAAGAAAUUAAACAACCUUUAAAUAGUAACAGCAAUCAUGGUCAUAAUAGUGGUAGUACUGGAAGUAGCAUUGGAGGUAUAGUUGGGGGACAUUAUAGUGAUGGUAAUGUAAGUCCAACAACAGUAUCACAAAAUAACGUCUCCUCGAUAAAAUUACCUCCAUUGUCAUCAUUAGUUUCACAAAUUAAAUCAUCAUCUCAAUCUUGUCCAGACAUUACUACAUUAGCUUCUGAUUCCAAAUCUACUAUAAAUAAUACUAAUAGUACAAGAGGAUUUGAAUCAACAACGACAUCUGUAUCAUCAUCUUCAGGAUUAACAAAUAAUAGUCAAAUUAAUCAAAGAAAUAGCAUUCCAUACAUAUUGACAUCAACCGUACAACCUCGUCUACAAAACAUGGGUAAUAACAAUACUAAUAAUAACUCUGAAAUCAAUUUAUCAUUGAAUUCAUCAAAUUCAAAUUAUCAGUCAUUAAACCCAAAUUUAUUUCUAAAAAUCCCAUCUCCUACAGCCUUUCCAACGUUAUCACCAAAACAAGAUAAUUCAUUACAAAUAAAACAAAUUACACCCCCAAUAAUUCCAGGAAGGACUUCAAGUGAAGAUUUACAAAAUUUAUUAAUUAAAAAUGAAAUUCAAUUUAUAGAUCCUACGGGCAAUAAACAAAUGAAGGGAAAAUCAUUAUCACAAAGCAGAAAACAGUGUCCCAUUUGUGGUAAAAUAUGUUCGAGACCUUCAACACUUAAGACACAUUUCUUAAUCCAUACAGGUGAUAACCCAUUUAAAUGUUCUUGGGUAGGUUGCAAAAAAAGUUUUAAUGUCAAAAGUAAUAUGUUGAGACAUUUAAAGUCGCAUCAACAUAAAUUAGAAAAAUUAGCCAAGAAACAAGCUGAUUUGCUGAAUAAAGAAAAGACAAAAAAUACAGAGAGAACAAAAGGUAAAAAAGUCACUAAAAAGAUUUAA